AUGCCUGACAGUGACAUGAAGAGAUUGGGCGCUGAAGCGCUGACUAAUGAUGGCCUCCAACUUCCCGAAGCACCCGAUGCAACCCCGAAGCUGACAGGGGAGCGGUUUGAUGCCGAUCAGGAAUUUCGGCAUUCUGCCAUCACCCUGGGGCCCAAAUGGUGGUGUAGUCAAAGACACUACACAGUAAAGCAGACACUCCAAACUUUUUCUUUUAGUAAAUUGUAUAGUCUAUUAGUAAACUUUAAACUUUGUAAGGCUAUCCAUGUAUUUAGUAUUCAUGGAGUUUGCAAGACUAAUAGUCAGUUAAAGGAGAACUCUCAUCUCACUUCAGGUGUUCUUCUCUUGUCAUCAAGAUCAGAUAACAAUGUCAAAGAAAUCCGAUGCUACAAUCCUAGCAACUCUCCAGGAAAUCCAUGGAAAGUCAAGUGA